AUGAAUUUCAAUGACGAUGUAAUUUCCUGCUUAUAUGAAAAGCUUACAGAUCAAGUAAGAACAGCUCGGACAGCUUUAUGGUCAGCUUAUCAAUUAUUUAAUUGUUGUGAAAUAAAUGAUAUUACAAAUCAAUUAAUGAAUCGUAUGAUUGAUUCUGUCUCAAAGCAUCUACUACGUCCAGUGGAGAUAACUGAGAUGGCAAGAAGUGAAUUAUCACAAUUCCAGAAUAAAUUAUCCGAGAUUGAUCACUUCUCUGGUAAAAUAUCAAAGAAUACACUUGACUCUGUGCAUAAAGUAUAUUCACCAGCAGUGAAUGACAAUAAAUGGCCUAUGUAUACACCAAGCAGUGGUAAUACAAAUUCAAGUAGUCAACCGAUAAUUUGGUCAGGUACAUCUCUCCCGUUUUAUCAACAAUCAAUAAUUCAAAGCAAUGCUUAUAAUCAAGAUAAAAUAAUAAACAAUUCAAAUGAAAGACUGAGAAAUUUAAUUAGUAAUCAGCGUAUAAGUGGACAAGUGUACGCGAAUUCCACGCUUAUGCUUUCUCAAUCUAUCCCUCGGUCAAUACAACCAACUUUAUUGAUUACACCAUCAUUAAUUUCUGGUAGUAAUAAUAAUUCAUCUCGUUAUCCUUGUCAUCCACCGAAUUCACAGCUUCAUCAUCAUCACCUUCAGCAACAGCAGCCGCAGCCCCAGCCGCAGCAUCCUUACCUUCAGCAUCAGCCUACUUCUGUUGAAUCAUGUAAUAAUCAUGAUAUAUUAUUGUCUACUGGUUUUUAUAAAAACUGUAUGUAAAGAAAGGAUGUUGUUCAUCAAUGGUUUCAAGAUCAUAUUUAUUAUUAUGUGAAAUAAGUGAGAG